AACCAAAUCAAAGACAAAUUUAUCGAUCAAAACAUUAACAAGGCGGAGAAACCCAAGUGACUAUCCACACUCUACAACUCCGCCAUUAAAAUUUCUCAUUUCAUCUCUCUAAUCAACCUCCCCUCCAUCUUUUCAUCCCCAACAAGAUGAUGAUUCAGCAAAAAUUCAUCCAAAACCCCACACCCCCAGCACUCUCUUCAUCGAAUUCAUCCUAUUUUCACACACCCUUCACAAGAAUCACCUCAAUCAAUUGCAAUCUUUCAGCCUCAGCUUCACCCAACAGGCCUAAUUCAGCUCAACUAAGGACCCCAGGUGGUCAAAAUGAUAGCUUUUCGAGCUGUGUAACUUCAGCUUCUCUGGAUACUAAGCCUGGUGUGAUGGGUCCUUUUACUGGGAGGGAUUUGAGUGUCAAGAAACCCGAAUGGCUUCGACAGAAAGCGCCUCAAGGGGGGAAAUAUGAGGAGGUCAAGGAGACAUUGUCUAGGCUUAAUCUCAAUACUGUUUGCCAGGAAGCUCAAUGCCCCAAUAUUGGAGAGUGCUGGAAUGGUGGCGGGGAUGGAAUUGCGACAGCUACGAUCAUGCUUCUUGGGGAUACUUGCACCCGUGGCUGUAGAUUUUGUGCUGUGAAAACUAGCAGAAACCCUGCGCCACCAGAUCCUAUGGAACCACAGAACACUGCACAUGCUGUUGCUAGCUGGGGCGUGGAUUAUAUUGUACUUACUAGUGUUGAUCGAGAUGACAUCCCUGAUGGUGGGAGUGGUCAUUUUGCCGAAACUGUUAAAGCUUUGAAGACACUGAAGCCUGACAUUAUGGUUGAAUGUUUAACAUCUGAUUUCCGAGGUGAUUUGAAUGCUGUUUCAACGUUGGUACACUCAGGAUUAGAUGUCUUUGCUCAUAACGUUGAGACUGUUAAACGACUCCAGCGAAUUGUUAGAGAUCCUCGGGCAGGGUAUGAACAGAGCUUGUCUGUCCUAAAACAUGCAAAGACCGACAAGGAGGGUAUGAUAACAAAAACCUCUAUAAUGUUGGGUCUUGGAGAAUCUGACGAUGAGCUUAAGGAAGCCAUGGCUGACUUAAGGGCUAUAAAUGUUGAUAUUUUAACUCUUGGGCAGUACUUACAACCAACUCCAUUGCAUCUCACUGUUAAAGAGUACAUUUCACCAGAGAAAUUUUCCUUCUGGAAAGAGUAUGGAGAAUCAAUUGGUUUUCGUUAUGUAGCUAGCGGACCCCUGGUUCGAUCUUCAUACAGAGCAGGGGAGCUCUACGUUAAAACCAUGGUGAAAGAGAGUAACCGAAGACAUAUGACACAAUAAUCUUAAGCCGUGCUAUAGAUACACAUAAUACAUAUACCAUAGUUUUGACCGGCUACUUGCUACAGUUUGGGAGCACAAUCGUUGCUGUCGCUGCAAUUUUGUUCUAAAGUUGACCCUGCAACUUGAUAAUUUACAUAUAUUCUUUGUUAUCAUUCAUGUCUAAAUUCCCGAGCAUUUCAAUUCAUUUUAUACCAGUUCGAUCUUCGUCUUCAUAUCGUUUACUAGUUGACAAAAGUGCUAUAUGCAAAUGUAGUAUGUACACAGUGCAAUGUAACUAGAAGGUAUAUGUACUUGGCAAAUUGAAUGUCACAGGACUGAUUGAUAUUUUA